UCCAGGUUCAGCACAUUCUGAUGUUGCAUUUAAUUUACAGAAGUGGUAACGGGCCGGUUUACAGACUAAAAUGUGAUCUGUCACACAUGUGAGAUAAGCAGAAUUAGGACUAACACAGCCAGUGCUCGGACCCAAAUAAUCAGGACAUAAUACAGAAUAAAACACGAAAACUAUUUAAAGCUAAAAGUAAACUUCACAUUAAAGCAUAUAUAUAUAAAACACAAGUUUACCUGAAGAACUUGAACAGUAAGGUUGAGAUCUAUAGAUCCCUAGAUAAUAAUAAUAAUAAUAAUAAUAAUAAUAAUACACACUAACCUGAGAUAAAACGUGUUACUGCACCUUUAAACAGGUGAGUUCAGGGUGUGGUUUAUUCCAGACUAAGUUUCCGGAUCAGCAUGUUGGAGUAAACAAAGCUCGUCCUGAAGCAGCAGCUCAGAGCAGAACAUCUCCACCAUGGUCUGGAUCCUGCUGCUGUGUUCUGGACUCCAGAAUGGUUCCCAGUAAGAGUCUGAGUGUCUCCUACUGGUUCCCACAGGUGGACUAGUCAGACAGGUCUGGACCGCAAACCUUUGUCUUCACUUUUCCCUCAUGUAGGAACAGCUAUGAUGCGGAGAGUGUUGUCCGCAGCGCUGCUACACCUGUGCUUCUGCUGGACAGCUUCAGUUUCGAUCGUCGACUACACCGAAGCUACAGCAGCACCGGGAAACGUCGUGCUGCUUUCGUGUUACAACAAAGGUAACGUGAAACCGGAGCUAACGACGUGGGUGAAGAACGGGCUGGAGGUCGGGAGGAGUGGCGGGGAUUCACCGGGUCCACCUGACGACGGCGGGCGGCUCACCGUGCUGCAUGACGGGAGUCUGGUCAUCCGGAGGGUGAUACCAGGAGACGAGGGCAACUACCUGUGCAGCUCCACGUUAACGGGAAACCGAAGCUUCCAAGCACGUGUGGUGCUGCAGGUGGCCAGUGGACCAGAAAAUGUCUCUACGUCCGUCAGUCCUGCCACCUCGCUCUCCAACGGGACGCUCUUCGUUGUCCGGGGUUCCUCGGUCACUUUUAACUGCUCCGCCUCGUCCUACCCGUCUCAGCAGCUCACCUGGGGCUUCACUGGGGCGUCUUCCAGCAACACCUCGCUGGUCUCCAGCUCUGGAUCCUGGCUGGACCUCAGGAUAGACGACGUUCAGCCGAGCGCUCAGGGAGUUUACAGCUGCAGCGCCAGGAACAGCGUCUCCCAGCAGACGGUGAAUAAGAGCUCAGAGCUGCUGGUCUACUACGUCCCAGACCGACACCCUGACUGCAUGUGGACUCUUGCUCAGGAUCCGUCCAGCGUCCAGUUCAACUGCAGCUGGUUUGGAGCGUACCCGACCCCGAGGCUCCGCUGGAGGGACGACGACGACUUCCAGGUGACGGACAGCCUGUCGGUGACGUUUAACCGCUCGCUGCUAUCCGACGGCCAAACCCUGAAGUGCACCGCCCAGCACCAGCUGCUCAGAGCGGGGGAGGAGAAGCAGUGUUCGUUUACUCUCAAGCUUCCAUUCCCUGAAGGCGACCCGCUGGCCACGGCUCUGGAGGCCACCAGCGUGACGCUAACCUGCACAGAGGCCACGUCCAUCCCUCCUGCCAACACCACGUGGAGAAAAGGGAUGCAGCAGGACGAACUCGUACCCGGAUCCAAGUACGUCAUUUUGGAGGAAGGACCUGAACUCAAGCUGACCAUCCUCAAUGUCAGCAAGGACGAUGAAGGCGUCUACUUCUGCCGCAGCGAGAACCCGCUGGCCGUCCGCGAGCUGGAGGUCUACCUCACCGUGAAGACCUCCUCCUCCUCCUACACAGGAGCCAUCAUCGGCGUCUUUAUAGCUGCACUGAUUGUGGGAACUGCUGGAAUCGUCGCUAAAACCGUUUACUCCAGUCGACACCGAAUUUGUCUGGGUAACUUUUGUUUAUUUUUGCAGCGUAAGCCACAAAAACAUGUCGUAUUAAAGUGUAUAAAUCACGCAAAUACACUACUAUUGACUUCUGUUGUGCUGUUUUUGUUUCAGGAAGCAGCUUUGGGUGAGUAUUGCAUAUUUUCUUCCCUGAUAUGCACUGCAUUUGUUUUUAGAGACCAAAUACGUGCAAUCAACAUAAUUAAAGUACAAUUAAGUUGCAUGGUAUAGGUUAUUUUUCUUAUUGACGCAAACACCUGGUCAGACAUAAAAGUUGCAUAUCGUGAUCCAGUGCUACCACUGAAGGCAAAAUCUUUACAAAAGUCUUACAUGUCAUCUGUUCUGCUUGUGCUUUGAAAUCAACAAGCACAUAUUUGCUUUUUAUUCACUCUGUCAUAAUUAGAUCAGACUAAACUUUAUUGUCAUCACACAUGUACAAGUUCAGGUACCGAAAUGCAGUUUGGCAUCUAACCUGAAGUGCAAAAGGCAGCGAGUGCAAGAUUCACAAAAUGUACAGAGAUAUACAGGUGAAUGAGACUUGAAAUAUAUUCUAACAAUGAAAUGUGACUGGUUUGCUGCAGCCAGCUGGAAGAGGAGAGAGCAGACGUUCUGAGUCUCAUGGAGUCGGAUGACGAACAGAUCUUUCAGGAUGCCGUUCCCCGGCUGCCUCCGAUAACCAACGGACGCCACACAACGCUCGUCCAGAUACAUCGGAUCCCGUCCAGUGAUCACGAGGAUGUGGAAACUGCUGACACAAGCGCACAGCAGCAGGAAGACACUGUACAGACAGAAGAGCCGGAGGAUCUUGUAACAUUUUAGGUUUUGGGGUAUUUUUAGAUUAAUCUUUAAUUUUAGGUAAAUGCGAUUAACUCCC